UCAAAUUUUGGAUAUCAGACACGCAACACUUGGCCGGGACAACCAACAAGAAAAAAAGAAUGCUGCUCAAAGUGCUGCUGCUCACACUGACGCUCUGUCUGGGCCUGCUCUGCGCCGGCUGCUCGGCGAAGCCGCAUUUGCUGGCUGCCACGCCAGUUGGAUAUGCAACGCCGCCCGGCGGCGGCACCUGGCUGGCUGCGGCAGCGGCGCCUGUUGCAGGUGUCGUCAGCGCUGCCGGCUACUAUCCGGCCUAUGCCGCGUAUACGCCGUAUACGCCGGUCUAUUAUGGCUCAUAUGCCGCAUAUCCCGCCUAUUAUCCCGCCUACCUGAGGCGCUGAUUGCCUGUUGCUCUUCAAUAUACUUCAAUAUAUAUAUGCAUCUAUAUAUAUGUGGACAUGGGUGUAUGUGCAUGUGCGGGACUCUACAAAAUUGAUUAAAUUUAAACGCGCUCUGUGUGUGUGUGUGUGCGAGAAUAUCUCAUAUUUUACGCUGUUUUUACGUUGAUUCGAUUUAGCGGCUGCUGUAAAUAAAAUUAAAAAGAAAACCGACACACAUUUAUGAAAUCAACAUGCUAACACACACACACACACACACACACAGACACACACACACUUAAACAUAGAAUACUAAACAAAUCAAUAAAAAAAAGAAGGCAGCCUUA